AUGGGUCAAGGUAAAGGUAUCAUUUUAAAAUACAGCACAAAUAUUUCAUCCUUUGUUGCUGCAAAAUCUUCUCUUUGGGUCAUAGAUACUGGGGCAACUGAUCACGUGACAUUUGAUUUAAAUGAUUUUGAGUCAUAUAUUCAAACCAGCCCCAUAAUUGUUAGAAUGCCUGAUGGGAGCCAAACGGUUAGUAGCACCAUUGGUACCAUUAGGUUCUCUAAUCAAUUAUACAUCACAAAUGUACUUUUUAUUCCAAAUUUUGACUUCAAACUGAUUUCUGUAUCUAAAAUAACUAAUGGAUUGAAGUGCCAAAUGCUUAUAAAUGAUCAAAUUUGUGAGAUCCAAGACCAAGCUACUUUGAAGAGGAUUGGAGUAGCUAAAUGUGCAGAUGAACUCUAUACUAUGGAUAGUCAAGCUGUUGUUGGCAUUAACAAGCAUGUAAAUCACUUCAUUCAUGAUUCAAGCACUUCACCACACAUUUAUGCAGAUGCUGUCACUUUGGACAGCAACUAUGUGACUACACACACAGCAAAUCAUGUAACUGCACUCUGGCAUUCACGCUUAGGACAUGUUUCACGGUACCCGAUAUCACAAUAUAUAUCUUAUGAUGCACUUAGUCCCAAACACAAGUCUUUUUCUUUGGCUGUUGCUACAACUGUUGUGCCUAGCAAUUAUGAGGAAGCAAUUGUUCAUCCUUGCUGGAGAGAAGCCAUUCAUAGUGAACUGGAGGCUUUGAAGCAAAAUUAA